GACAUCACUAAAGGAGAGGAGAUCUUAAUAAUUUCUAGCCAAUGCAGACGAAAUUCAAGACUGCAAAACAUGGAAAAAAUGGCUGAUAUUCUUACAGAAGGGGGACAUUCCGUCACCAUGUUGACAAACAACAAAUUAGGAAAGCCACGAUUUGAAUCACCAAAUAUCACAACAUUUGAAUAUGCAUUACCUGAAGAUUUCAUACCAUGUGAUCAUCCGAAGGUUGUUGAAAAAAUGCAUGAUGCUUCAGUAUUCACUCUAAUGGAGAUACUAUCUAAUUACUCACGAGAUAUCACAAAUGGCCUAAUGAAGAGCAAUCUAUUAGAAACAAUCAAGAAGAAAAACUAUGAUUUACUCAUUGUGGAUCACGUUGAAAUAUCAGGAAUUGUCAUGACUGGAGUAUUAGAUAUACCAACUAUUUUGUACGCAAUUGAAGGGACAUAUACAGAUCUCAUAACUGGCCCUGUAGGCCACCCUGUCCCAUGGUCAUUUGUUCCUAAUACACUUACAAAGUUCUCAGAUAAAAUGACAUUCAUAGAAAGGUUACUCAAUGCGGCAACCCAUCUUGCAAAUGCACUUGCAAUAUAUCCUAUUAAAGGGGAGCUAAAGAGACUGAAUGAAGAGUAUAAUUUAAAUAUCCCCAUUGAUCACCAGCGAGUAGAUCUUGUAAUGAGUAACAGUCAUAUUGCAUUGGAGUACCCAAGACCGCUCAUGCCCAACCAUGUAUACAUUGGUGGUUAUACACUUGAACCACCAAAGCCUCUUCCUAAAAAUAUCAAUGGCAUACUAGCUGACUCACAAUUUGAUGAUAUUAUCAUUGUAAGCUUUGGUUCACUUGUUAAAGAUUUGGUGAAUCCUGAAAAAUAUGAAGUUCUUGCUGAAGCUUUUGCAAGACUACCAUAUACUGUUCUAUGGAAACAUAAUGAGAAGCCACCCACUAACCUAGGAAAGAACACUCAUUUGAUAAAAUGGCUACCUCAGAAAGAUUUGCUGGGAUAUUCAAAAACACGCCAGUUUGUUACACAUUGUGGAAGGAGCUCAUACUUGGAGACAAUUUACCAUGGUGUACCAGUUGUUGCCUUGCCAUUAUCGUUUGAUCAGCCUAAAAAUGCAAAUCUAUUAAGCAACCAUUUACAAAUGGGACUAACAUUGGAUAUUAACACUCUUGUGGCCGAUGAACUUGAGCAAGCUAUUCUUAAUGUACUUUCUGAUCCAAAAUAUACAGAAAAUGCAAGGAAAGCAAGUGAUUUGUUCAAAGACAAUCCUGUGUCUCCAAGAGAAACAUUGCUGUACUGGGUGAAUUAUGUUAUUAAACAUGAUGGAGCUGAUCAUUUGAAAUCCCAGGGAAUGAAAAAUCUCUCAUGGUAUCAGUAUUUCUUGUUGGAUAUCAUUGGACUUGUACUACUAACUUUGGUUAUACUUGCUAUUGUUUGUUUCUAUUUAUACCGAUUCAUGAUAAGAUGCUUCAAGUCAUGGCUUAAAAUUAAACAAGAUUAAUGAUAAGCUUUUUUAAUGGAAUAACAUGCAUAGUCAGUGCAGGAAUUUAACAAACCCAUAUAAAUAACUGUAACGAGAAAACUGAAUUUUUAUAUAGAGUAUACUGUAUAAGUGGUAUUUAAUCUGAGUGGUUAAUUUUCCGAAUGGUCAAAUUUCAUCAAUUUCCUAAUUCUAAUUUUCCUAAUGACAAGAAACCUCCCAUUGGAUAACAUUAUAAAGACAAUAUUUCCGACAUUUAAUUUUCCGAACCUAGCAAAAAUUAGGAAAUAGGCAAAUUAAAUGAUUAGGCAAAAUUACCACUUAUACAGUAAAUAUAUAUUGAUAUUUUGUAAAAUGAAUAAAGGUUGAAAUUAAACAUCAUAGUUACUAGUUAUGAUGAUCUUUUGACAUUUAUUUAGACUCUGUGACACUCUUUUCUAACCCACCUCAUUUGAGACUGAGUAAUAUUACUUGUAUGAAUAUAAAUGAUAUGAUAGUUUAUUGGUCUCUUGAAAACAAUUUAGUUAUAGUGAAUAAAUCUAAAAGGCAAUUUAUUUAACAAAUAAAACAUGAUUUAGUUUGGUAAUAUUUCGAUUUAUUCUUAAAAUCUCUUUCAAGCAACUGAAAAUGUUUUUUAUAUUUAUGGCAUCAUAUUACAAUAGCUAGCAAGACUGUGUUUAACAAUACAGUUUCCAUUGCAAUGUAACAACAACACUUGGUGCAUAUGGGCUUAUGCAGGGGGGGGUGCAUUUGGAGCAAAUACAGUACACCCCCCCCCCCCACUUUGUUCAUGGUGCUGAGGAAAACAAUGUGCUCUGGCAAACAAAGUGGAGAAUAAGGCUUUAAGUGCAAGCUAUGAUGGAGACUGUUUUUUUUUGUUUUGGAUGAAGAUGAACCCCCUUGGUAAAAUCCUGAUGCACAAUUUCAUGAGAAAAUGUUUAAUUGGUC